AGAACCACUGAGGAGCAGAACUAUCUUCUCCUCCGUUUGGUUGGAAAUGCUGGUUUGGAGAUGGACAUGCUAGAGGACCUUGAGACACUGCAGUUUGAGUAUGGGAUUCAAGAGGAAGACCACAGCUGGCUGUAUUUGCUGGGCCGUUCUCAUGGGCUGAUGACCAAGGCCUGUGCCCACGCAACCUUCUUCUGCAAGCUACUCCAUAAUUUGAGAGAAUCGUUCUCCAGAAAAUCAUUACAGGAGAAGCAAACUUCUAGAUGUCGCUUGACUGGAUUGCGUGAAGACACUCCUGAUGACGAUGUGUUAAAGGUGGGCAUCAUUGGAGGUGGCCACCUUGGGAAGCAGCUGGCUCAUACACUGCUUCAGCUUGUCCCCAUCCCACCUGACAGCCUGAGGAUCUCCACUCGGAGGCCAGAGACCCUGGAUGAAUUCAAGAAACUGGGAAUCCAGUGCUUUUACCAUAACUCUUCUCUGGUGGAGUGGGCCAACGUAAUAUUCCUCUGCUGCCUGCCAUCUCAGCUGUCUAAUAUCUGUGUAGAAAUUCAAACCAGCCUUGGAAAAGCCUGCAUUGUGUACAGCUUUGUAGCUGCCGUCCCACUACCCAGGUUGAAACUCCUACUGAACCACACCAGUGUCUUGCGGCCUCAGUAUCAGUGUGUUGAAGAUCUUGCCAGCAUCUGGGGGGCCAAUAAGGAAAUCUCAGCUGCUCUCCAAGACCCUGUGAUUCUUCAGGCUACCUGUCCCUACAGUCCUGCUGGGGGAAUAAUCCUCAAUAUCAAGUGGUUGGAGGGAGUGUUCUAUGCAGCCAUAAAUGUCUGCACAGCAAAGGACAUGCCCCACUCACAAGUGCUGCAGCUUCUGAAUGAACUGUUCCUCUCCAAGCACUUUGAAGCCUGUGAGAAAGACACAGUAUCUUUCCAAAAUUUUCAAGCACAAGAUUUUGUCAGCAAAGCCUAUGCCAAGAACCUGUCUAGGAAAAGGCCUUUCCCCUGGUUUGAUCUGACUGCUGUGCAACUCAAGGAAACUCCCUUUAGCCAGUAUCUCUCACACAGCACUACUUUUCAGGACAACCUUACCCAUCUAUACUGCGAUUCAUUUGGCAUCACCCUAACCAAAGAACAAGAGCCAGAGUUUUCCACAGGUUUCUCAUCCCAAUAAGAGAAGAGACCUCAGGAAUCCGGAUUUUUUUCUCCCUCUACAGUGGUAAUGCCCUGAUUAUCAUAAUUGACAGUGGAAGUCAUGUGACUGUAUGGUGUUUGCCAUAUGUUAGGCAGUAAGGGGUUAGAAAAUUGUACUGAUGGCUCUUUAAAAUC